AUGUGGUGUUUGUGUUUUGUCAGCGCGCCUUCUCAGCCCUCCUCCUCCUCCUCCUCCUCCGACGGCGAGGCUCCUCUCGACCAGCCGCGGAGGCCGAGAGACGAGUCUCCCCUGCCUCUCGUGUCAUGGCGCCCGCAGACCGUGAGGUAAGCACCGCGCGCCGGAUGGCGCGAAGGCGGCGCGCCGGGCGCUGCUGAGGGGCGGGGCAGAGGGAGGAGGAGGAGCUGGAGGGCGGAAGGACGAGGAACGAGGAGCGGCGGCGGCGGAGUGGGGGGGGGGCAAGGAUCUCGGACGGUUUUGUGCGACGGGGGCUGCUGCUGCUGCUGCUGCUGCUGCGGGCGGCUUCCGCCUCGGUACAAUGGAGCGGCGAUAAGGCGCCGGCCGUGGCAGCGAGGGCGAGGAGGCGAAAGCGAGGAGGCUGCGGCCCGAAGGGCGGUUAGAUCGGUUACCGAGUAAGUUCAUCCCCACACCCGUCCGGCCGCCGCCGCCGCCGCCUCUUUCUCUCCCCCCCCCCCGCAGUGAGGCACGGACUGGCUCUCGGGUGGGGACGGGGGAGCGCGCACCCGCCGCCGGUAGUUUCCCGGGGGUGCGAGGGAGACGGGCGGUCUGAGGGGAAGGGGAAGGGGGGUCUUUGUGGGCCUGAAGGGCUCUUCCCCUCCCCCCUCCCAAAGUGGCCCCAGUCACCUCAGCCUGGGCAAGGGGAGGGGAGCCCACGGCGACACCCACCCCCAUCACCCCCGCUCGGUGCCUGAGGCGUUUUCCCGUGUGUUGUUGUGUCACGGACUUAAAAUCUGCCCGCCUGGCCGCAGGAAAUAAAAUAAAAUAAAAUCGAUUGGGCUGUGUAGUCAAGCCUUUAAUUGGAGAAUAAUACUCAAAUGUGAUCACCGCUCGCCUUAAGGAGAUGUUGGGGAGGAUGAAACUCCCGAGACCGGCCAUCCAUCCUUAAAGGGGCUCAGGGAGGUUUGCAGAAAUCGGUUUGUUCAUUGGAAAGGUAGCUCUUUUUCACAAGAGAUUUUACAUCUGUUUGCGAUAGGGACUGAAAUGUUACCUGCACACACAAUUUUUAUAAAGUAAUGUAGGCCUCAAUGUACAUUCGAUUAAGUAAUAGGCUUUAUCUUCGUUCUGUCCUGCUGUAGCAUUCAUAUGUGAAAGACAAAGCAGGGAAGUUUCAGAGGUGCUCUUUAGCCUUCUGUGUUAAAAGGCUCUGCCUGCUGGCUUCUGCCUUAGUAAUUACAUAUUUACUGAGCUACAUGUAUUUGAUGGGUCCAGGGAACAACUCCCUUGUGAGUGGUGACUGCCGGAGUUUAUUGUUGGUUGGACACUUUCAAAUAUAACAUGUGCUGUUCUUGCUGCUUGGCAGCUGUAACCACUUUUAAAGGAAAAAGUGGAUGGACUCAAGGUGAGGAUGAAGCAGAAAUAUGGAAAUUAUGUUUCCCUGACACUGUGCCUUUUUGUGUGACAAUUAAAAUAGUGGUCAGCUCCUACCCCAGACAUGAUUAGAAAACAGAAGGGUUGAGGAUAUCCUUAUGAUAUUGUCUCAUCUUCAUGGAGAAUCUGUUAAUGUACAUAAAAAGAAGCUGAAUGACCUAUGGAAAGAGCUAGUGUCAGCCUUAUAAUGAAGUCCACAAAAGGACCUAGCCUGUAAUUUUUGUUUUUCUGUUGUAUUGGCCUCUAAAGAGGCUAGUAACUUAUAUUUCCAUACUGGCCGUGGAGGGGAAGCCCCCUCAUCUGCAGCCAGAAUGGAAACACCGACAAGUAGGGUCUUAGCAGGGUAGUUUUUCCUGUCAAACACACUUGUGGAAGAGGAACAGAGUGAUCUGUCACCUCACUGCUAGCCAGACUCUGUGUUUCCAUGCUGGAUGUGGAGGGAUACAUUUUUGUUCCUUUGCAGCUAGCACAGCAAUCAUCUCAGUUGGUAGAUGGGCAGCAAGCAACCCAACCCUCCUUCACUAGCUUGCUCACUUGCAAGAGCCAGCAAGAAGCCCUGGCAACAAGGAAGUUUGUCACAAAUACUGCUUGCCCAGGGAUGAGUCAAACCCACACUGUGUAUUUAAAACACUUAGACAGUCAUGACUUCUCCCAGAUAAUCCUGGUGACUGUAGUGCUGAAAAUUAUUAGGAGUGCCCUCGCAGAGCUACAAUUCCCAACACCCUUAACAAACUACCUUUCCCAGGAUUCUUUGGUGAAGCCAUGACUUAUGGUGGAAUAGGAUUGCUUUAAAGGUAUCGUGUGGCUGUGACCUAUGGUCCCUUCCCGUGUAAGGUUGUGGUGUGAUGGUUUUGCACAAAGAUUCACUGUCGUGUUCAAAGCAGCUAACUUGAUAUACCAGUUUAAGAUGAAAGAGAAGUCCUGCUUUUUAAGGAAAAUAACCUUAGCUUUUAUGUGCACACUUAUUGUAAGUUGCAUGCACAUUAAAUUGCUUAGCAGGUGAUGGUUUCCUUAAGAAUGCAUGAAGAUAAAGUGCCCUCACUCUCAAGAAUGAUAGAACAGGCUGGACUUUAAAUAAAUCUCUUACAGUUUUGCUGCAUGUAUCGAGUUAAUGCUUAUGUCUGGUUGCUGCCUGCUUUUAUUUUCACUUAAUUCUCUUUCUAUGUGCCAUUUUAUACAGCACACUUUGAAUUCAUGUUCCAAAGGUGCUAUCUGUUGUGCUGUUAAUUUUGGCUGCUUUCUGUAAUCCUGUCAGACAGAGGGGUGGGGAAUUUUGACAGCUAUGGAUGUAUGUAAUUCUCACAGCUACAAGCCAUGCACACUCAUCGUAGGAUGAGUUAAGACUGAUGCCACUCCUUUUCUCCAACUUCUGCCUCUGUUAAUACAAGAGCAGGAGGCAAGUCCUGUAAUUUGAAGUUCAAAGUGCUAGCACUAUGUAGUUGCCUCAUCAGCUUCUUAUUUGCUGUGCUAGUCUUUGGAGUUCAGUGCUCUUUGUUGGGUGUUGCAUAUGUUUUCUAGGUCAUUAGCAGAAUGAUAGAGGUUGAGGAAUGUUGGUUGUGUACCCACCCACACCCUUCAGAGGAGCUCUUAAAGGCAAUAGUCUUGCUGGAGCUGCUAAUCCGCUGCAGUUUGUAUAAAUCUGGAUAUAUUACAGUGGUACCUCGGGUUAGAUAUGCUUCAGGUUACAUAUGCUUCAGGUUACAGACUCCGCUAACCCAGAAAUAGUACCUCGAGUUAAGAACUUUGCUUCAGGAUGAGAACAGAAAUCGUGCUCCGGUGGCGCGGCAGCAGCAGGAGGCCCAUUAGCUAAAGUGGUGCUUCAGGUUAAGAACAGUUUCAGGUUAAGAACGGACCUCCGGAACGAAUUAAGUACUUAACCCGAGGUACUACUGUACAGUAUUAGUGUGACUACCUUGGAUGGUCACAAUACUUGGCAUAAAUUUUAUUCUGUGACCCAUUUCUCUUCUCACUCACAUUUCAUGCUAUAUUUCAAAAUCUGACAAUUGGUUUGUGUAGAGGUAACAUAUUUUUGUUCGACCUCCACAGUCAGAGGCAGUAUGACUCUGAAUACUGGUUUUCUGGGAAUCACAGCUGGGGAGAAUGCUCUUGUGCUCAGGUUCUCCCUUGCAUGCUUUCUAUAGACAUCGGGGUGCCUACUGUGAGAACAGAGUGCUGGACUAGGUGGGCCUUUGUCCUGGGCUUCUCUUAUGUGGGAUAGCUCAGUUGGUAAAGCUUGAGACUCUUAAUCUCAGGGUUGUGCCCCCAUUGGAUAAAAGAUUCCAGCAUUGAUCAGGGUUGGAUUAGAUGACUCUUCUGCUCCCUUCCAACUCUACAAUUCUAUGAAUCUAUGAUUACCAAUACAGUGGACACUCGGGUUGCGAACAUGAUCUGUGCGGGAUGCAUGUUCGCAACCCGCAGCUUUCGCAACCCGCGUUUGCGUAUGCUCGACCACCAAAACCCGGAAGUAACCUGUUCCGGUACUAACGGGUUUCGGCAGUCCGCAACCAGAAAAAGCGCAAGCUGAAGCGGUUGUAACCCAAGGUAUGACUGUAAAAGCUUGGCUGGGUGAGAGAGAGUAGUUUGCCCAAGGUGCCCCAGUAAGCUUAGUGGAAAUUUGACCCUAAGUCUCCCACGUAGUCAAACUCACCCCUGCCCUCUUCAUGACAUCCUACCUGUCCCGUUUUGAACAUGUAUUUCUUUCCCCAUCCCACAGGGAAAGAGUGA